AUGAUUGGGAACGGAACUGGACUGAUUUGGUUUGGAGAUUCAUCGUUGCUGAGUAUCGCACCAGGUGAGAAAGCUUCAAGCCGAUCUCCGAAAACAGGAGGCAGCAGCCUGAUUGGGUUUGGCAGCAACAGUUUUUUGAUGCAAAAUGCUUGCACACCUGGUGCAGCACAGGCACAGGCAUUGAAGCUCAAAGAGGCAGAGUCUCAGGGAAGAGGCGAAGAUGUGCGGAAGGCGGAAAAGAGCACAGAGUUUGCGUACCAGAAGGCCUUGCAGCGAGCGCGUGGCGAGAAGGUGCAUGAUGAUGUGAGCAAACUCCGAAAAGUACAAAAGACCAUGGAGAUGAAGAAGAAGAAGGGCCAGGAGAGAUGGGAGGCAAAGAUCGAAAGCGAUAAGCAAAAGGUGCAAAGCUCCGUCACGCUGCGCUGGUGA